UCUGAUUGGUCCUGUGUGUAAAACAGACGAUAAGUGAUUUCGUUUUAAAGAAAGAGGACAGUGUGGCUGGUUAGGAUGAAUGAUCUUCCCUGGAGUAACUUGAAUUGGUUGUUUUAAAGACUGGUAUAAUUACACUGACGUGUAGCUUAAAGUGAUAUAUCUUUGACAUGGCUUAUCCAGCACAAAGUGGGUUCAGACAGCGUAAGUUACAGCCCAAAAUGAGGAUGAGGACCACUUCGACAGAUGGCGCAGACCCCAGCCCACUAUUCGAGGACACCAGCGCCGGACCAGGGGCUGCCGGCUACAGCAGAGGCCAGGACAAGGGACCAGGAGCCUAUCCUGCCCAGACACUGCUCUCCGACCCCAUGUCCAACCUGGCCAUGGCCUACGGGAGCAGCCUAGCCAGCCAGGGCAAAGAAAUGGUGGACAAAAAUCUUGACAGAUUCAUCCCCAUAUCCAAACUGAAGUACUACUUUGCAGUGGACACUAUCUAUGUUGGCAAGAAACUCGGGCUGCUGGUGUUCCCUUACAUGCACGAGAACUGGGAAGUGAGCUACCAGCAAGACACCCCAGUGGCGCCGCGCUUCGACAUCAACGCCCCUGACCUGUAUAUUCCAGUUAUGGGCUUUAUCACGUACGUGUUGGUGGCAGGCUUAGCGCUGGGAACGCAGAACAGGUUCACCCCUGAAAUCCUGGGGAUGCAGGCCAGCUCUGCAUUGGUGUGGCUCAUCAUUGAGGUCCUAGCCACACUGCUCAGCCUCUACCUGGUCACAGUAAACACAGACCUCACCACCAUUGACCUGGUGGCCUUCUCUGGAUACAAAUAUGUUGGUAUGAUAGUAGGGGUCGUGGCAGGACUCCUGUUUGGGCGAACGGGAUACUACCUCACACUCCUAUGGUGCUGCGUCUCCAUCUUUGUGUUCAUGAUCCGCACCCUGCGUCUCAAGAUCCUGUCGGAGGCGGCAGCUGAGGGUGUGCUAGUGCGAGGGGCUAAGAACCAGCUCCGCAUGUACCUCACCAUGUCUAUAGCGGCCGCCCAGCCCGUCUUCAUGUACUGGUUGACCUUUCACCUAGUCAGGUAAUUGAAGGCAGAGGUGACGAGAGCCAACAACCACCAAAGCCACAGGACGUGACCUAACAUCCGGUGUGCCCGGGUUCCAUCCAGUCACCACGAUUAUGUAAACGACAGAAGCAGCCUGCAGCAUUCACGACAGGAAAAUGUCAAAAACAAAAGGAUUUUUCUAAACAUGCUCGGCCAUCACGUAGACAGGUUUUUUUGUUUUCUUUUGUUUAGUUUGUUUUUUUUUUUGCACGAGGAGAGUGAAAUAAAUGUGACUGGCCUUGCUGUCACACAGCACAAGGUUUUGUUUUUUUUUGUCGACUUUGUUUUUGACUUUGUUUUUCUAUGUAAAUGUAUUGAGAAAUCAUUGACUUUUCACAUGUUUGUAUAAUGUACAGUCUAGUUUUGUCCUUUUUUUUUUUUUAAUGGAAAAAAAAACAUGUAAAUGAUAUGAACGUGUACAAAUACCAGUGAUGUGGCCAAAGUCCUUAAAUGCUAAUCAUUCAGAGACUGUAGUGGAGCUACGGAUGGACCUGUGCACUGGCCCUUGCAUGGAGAGAGAGAGAGAGAGAGACAGAGAGACAGAGAGACAGAGACCGUCCACUUUUAGUUUUUUGCUGAAACACAAAGUCCCGUCUGCGUGGCUGUCCCUGUGACAAGAUGAGCUGAUGGGUGAGACUGGCUUGUCUCUAUGGGGUGUGUGUGUGUCUCAUUUUUAAGUCAUAAUGCGCAUAAUAUGCAGCAUUUCUGUGAUGACCCUAAAAUAUGUGGAAAACCAGAGCUCUUGGUUAGGCCCAAUCAUGCCUGGUAUGUGUUUGUUUUUUUUAUAUAAAUGUCUUAUCAAAUUGAUAUUAAAUGUGUGCAAUGCCAGUGCUGGCAUGUCUAGCCUCAGAUAAACGUUGUCCUUUAAUUAUUUUUUUUUGUUCAGCAUUUCAUCCUUAUUUUCUACAUCCUCAGGAAGGGUCUGCUUUAGGAAAGAGGGACAUACGUACACGUUUAAAACAUAGAAAAAAACUGGAUUCUUUUUAUUAGAUUGACACAAAAUCAUGGAUAUCUCCAGAUAUUACGGGACCUGCCACUCCAUCAUAUGGUCUGUAUUAUUUAUCGCAUAUCAAGUCUGUUGUAAGCGCUUUGCCUGGUAACAGAACACAUAAGAGUGUAUAACAUGAGUUUAAACUGCUUCUGUUCUUCAUACCUCGUGUUUAAUACAGUGAAGCCAAAUGUCGGCUUUAAAAGAUGCCCAAUAAAGCCAGGUG